GUUGCUGGGGGAAGUGAGGGAGGGGUUGGAGAGGAAGAAGAGGGGUUCAGCCUAGGUCUGGAUGGUUUGUGGUGAUGGGCAGGCGAGGAAAGAGUUACGUUUUAUGUUUGGGGUUGGACGAGGUUGGUCGUUGUCUGGUCUGGGCUGAGGGUGGGCCGAUGAUGCAUGGAUGGAUGAUCCUUAUGGUCUGGUCAUUGGAUGAUGUCGCUUGCGCUUACGCUGGUAAUCUCAUGGCAUGGUUAUGUGUGAUGUACUACUCUGCUUGCUGUGUUUUUGUGGUUCGGUUCUGUUGCGUUACGUUGCCCCAGGCGUUUAGGGUUGAUAGUGUGGGAAUCACUACAUGGUACAGUACAUCCGUGUCUUGAUGGACGCUGUCUUGUUUGCAGCCUGCCCUUCGUUCCGGUUCUCGAGGGCAGUAUUUUGUGGAAUGGCAUCGAUGCAGUAGCGGUAGCUCUGGGUAAGUGUAAAUUGCGAAAGCUUACUUACUCUAAAUGAUGUAGGCCGGGGCCGGACAUCAAUCCAGAAAACGGAACCACCGGUGCUCUGGCACAACACAGCUAGGCC